UUAAAUAAAAAGGAUAUUGGAGUUCUCAUUGUAAGACAGUUGCGGUCGGAUCCAGUUAUUUGAUUGAAAAUGGAAUACAUCGAAGAAUCGGCUAUGCCGAAAGAAACCGCGGCACACAUCUUAUGCUGUGAAUGCGGAGUGCCGAUUUCACCAAACCCAGCCAACAUGUGUGUCGCCUGUUUGCGAACAAGAAUUGAUAUAACCGAUGGUAUCCCCAAACAGGCGACACUGCAUUUCUGCAAGGGAUGCGAAAGGUACUUGCAGCCUCCCGCUGAAUGGAUACACGCAGCGUUGGAAUCUCGUGAGCUCCUAUCUUUGUGUCUCAAGAAAUUGAAGGGUUUGAAUCGUGUUAAACUCAUAGAUGCUGGAUUCAUCUGGACAGAACCUCACUCAAAGAGACUUAAAGUCAAACUAACUGUUCACGCAGAGGUGAUGGGUGGUACUGUUCUGCAACAAGUGUUUGUUGUCGAAUACGUAGUCAAUCAUCAGAUGUGUGACGAUUGUCAUCGCAGUGAGGCCCAAGAUUACUGGCGUGCCUCCGUACAAGUGCGACAAAAAGCGAUAAAUAAGAAAACAUUUUUCUACUUAGAGCAGCUAAUUUUGAAGCACAAAGCUCAUGAUCAGACAUUGGGCAUCAAGCCGAUUCACGAUGGUCUGGAUUUUUACUAUGCCAAUGAAAGUGCAGCUCGAAAGAUGGUCGAUUUCCUGGGUGCAGUAUUGCCUUGUCGCUCUCAUCACUCAAAGAAAUUAAUUUCACACGAUAUUCAUAGUAACGUUUAUAACUACAAGUUCACAUUCAGUGUAGAAAUUGUACCCAUAUCGAAAGACAGCCUGGUGUGUCUGCCUAAGAAAUUAACACAUCACUUGGGAAGCAUCAGUCCGAUCUGUCUUGUUUACAGAACAACCAACGUUAUUCAUCUCAUGGAUGUUUCAUCAGGACAAAUCGCAGAAAUUAAUGCCACAACAUAUUGGCGAUAUCCGUUCAACAGUAUCUGCAACCCGAAGCAGCUUACAGAGUACGUGGUGAUGGAUAUUGAGCCGAUAAAAGAGAAAGAUAAAAAAAUAUUUCCUGGACAAGGCGCAGUAUCUAAUAAGCAUGUUGUAUCUGACGUUUGGCUCGUCAAAGCUUCAGAACUUGGAAUAAGUGAGAACACUGUUCACACGCGAACGCAUUUGGGAUACAUCCUAAAACCAGGUGAUUCUGCUCUCGGCUACGCAGUAGGAGACAGCAACAUAAAUGAUACAAAUUUCGAAAAACUAGAUGGAGAUUUGAUCCCUGACGUAAUUCUAGUGAAAAAGUUCUAUGGCCACGAUAAAUUGGCACGCCGUCGAGCCAGAGUGUGGAAACUGAAACACAUGGCUGAAGAGGUGGUCAGCAUGAGCACGGAGAACAAUGAUUACAACGAGUUCUUGGAUGAAUUGGAAGAAGACCCAGAAAUGAGACAGAAUAUAAAUAUAUUCCGAGACACCAGCAAGCAAAUCCCCGUAGACACAGACGAAAUAGAUCCAAGCAUUCCACAAAUUACUCUCGAAGAAAUGCUUGACGAUCUUGUGAUAGAUGAUACCGACAUGGCUGAGGUCUAUCAAUGAACCAUAGCAAUACAGAUAUUAUUAUUUACUUAUGUGUAUUACAGGUAUACAGACAACUUUAAAACAUGUUGAAGAAAAUCAGUAAAUAUUGUUUUCAUAUUUGCUGAUAAAUUCUCUUCAAGAUAAGU